CGAUCUCUUUCCAAAGUCAGUCCCGCCCACAUCCCACCCCCAGCGUCCAGGAUUCGUCGAACGCCCGCGGAUCCCGCGUGGCCCGCGUUGCCGUGGUGAUCCCGCGCCGCCCUACAGUACUAGGCCUCGCGGAGCCCGGAGCCUUUGCAGGCGUGGACUCUGGAAGAAUGAAAUCCUCCCUGACACCUUUGGGGCCUCCUGUGAGCCGAGACCGCAUCAUUGACACCCUUCCUAAGUGGUACACACCUGAUGCCUGUCUGCAGCUCAGGGAGCACUUCCAUGGGCAGGUCAGCGCAGCUUACCAGCGCAGGAACACUGGGACUGUUGGGCUCAAGCUCUCCAAGGUGGUUGUCGUUGGCGAUCUCUAUGUAGGGAAGACCAGCCUCAUCCACAGGUUUUGCAAGAAUGUUUUUGAUCGGGACUAUAAGGCCACUAUUGGGGUGGACUUUGAAAUCGAGCGCUUUGAGAUUGCUGGAAUUCCCUACAGCCUCCAGAUCUGGGACACAGCCGGUCAGGAGAAGUUCAAGUGUAUCGCAUCUGCCUAUUACCGGGGUGCUCAGGUGAUCAUCACAGCCUUUGACCUCACUGAUGUGCAAACCCUGGAGCAUACCAGGCAGUGGCUGGAGGAUGCACUAAGGGAGAAUGAGAUGGGAUCCUGCUUUAUCUUCCUCGUGGGAACCAAAAAGGACCUUCUGUCAGGGGCAGCAUGUGAGCAGGCUGAAGCAGAGGCUGUGCACCUGGCCAAUGAGAUGCAGGCUGAGUACUGGUCGGUGUCAGCCAAGACAGGAGAGAAUGUGAAGGCAUUCUUCAGCCGUGUUGCUGCCCUGGCGUUUGAGCAGUCAGUACUGCAGGACCUGGAGAAGAGGAACAGCACCCAGCCCCAGGUCGGCGAUGGAGACCUUAUCCGAAUGGAGGGAAAUUCAUCCGAGACCCAGGAAAGCAAGAGGCCUUUUAGCCUAGGCUGCUGUUAGCUGGACUGGCACCAGAGGUCCCCCACUUCCUGUACAUGCAUGGGCAUAGGCUUCUGUGACUAUGGAGGGGUAACAUGGAGCCUGUCUCCCUCAAGAUCUGGAGGGCCUGUGUACCCAGGGCUCAGCUACUUUUCUUUAGCAGUAAGAUAACUGGAUGCUGAUGCACCUUACAUUGCCUGCUCAGGGAUCCAUACAGCCUGCUAGUGGGGACACCGAAGUGAUCUGAAAGGCCAGUCCCUUCUGCACUCAUCAUUCAGUCACCCAUGGCUUUGAAAGGCCUCAGGACACUUCUGCAGUGGCCCACAUCCCUCACCAUGGCACUGUUUCCCAGCAAUCCUGGAUGUGGCUUCAGAAUCCUUCUCAUCACAAUGUUUCAGGCAACCAGGACCUGUCAAAGUUGGCCUGUGAGGGAAAGCCCAUCUGCUGUCCCACCUGGAAAUUUUCUGUUAUCAACAGGACAUGCAGUUCUGGGCCUCAGAGCUUGAGGCCUCCUGUCCACUUCCCCUCUGCCACAGACUUCCAGGUUCCCUGGGCAGCCCUGCAUCUUCCAAGGGCAAAGGACAAGAAGUUCUCUUGGUCCCCUUCUGACCAGGCGACCCUCUCUCGCAUCUCUGAGCUCCUCAUAGCCUUGCGCUCAAGGUUGGAGGGUAAGGAAGGGCUGAACCAGUCACUUGUGCCUCUGACCCAUCUGGAGGAUAAAUUUUCCUGGCCAUGCUGUGAGAUGAAGAUUGCAUGGCCACCCCUUGGAUGAAUCAUUGUACACCCCCUUACCUUGGCACUGCCCUACUGUGACCCAUGCCAGUGUGUACUAUUGCCUCUCCAGUCUUCUCUCCCACUGGCUUGCAUAUUUCUUAGGACUUGUGUAAUGGUGUCCACACACCUCUGCAGGACUUUGGAAACCCUUCAGAGUCUAGCAUGUUCCUGACUCCACCAUUCCUCCUGCACAGCCAGUGCAGGCAGGGAUAUCCUCCCUACCUAGCUCUCUGCCCAGAGGGUCUGCCCUCCUUUCUGCCCCUUGUGUUGCUCCUCCAGGAGGUCCUCCCUGACCCCUCAUCACUGCUAUUCGCUGCCCCCUGCUGCUGUGGCCAUGAGUCUCUGCCCUGUCAUCCCCACCCUCUUCCCAUAGGUAGGUGGGUACAUCCAGCAUCCUUGUUUCUCAGGGAUGGUGAGCAUUUUUCAGGCAGCCUAUGCCAGUCAGCACCCUCUCCUAAUGCCUAGCACACCAGUUGUGCACCAUGAAUGUUCACUGAAUCAUAGCAACUGCCAAGUAUCAGACAAGAACACCGGCAUGUUCUUCUGUUAAUUAUUCCUUUGCUGUAUUUUUAGCUCAUAUAUAUCACUUCUUUACAUAAAUUGCUUUUAAAGGAAUUGUGUACUUAGUGUAAAACAAGAGUACAAAGUAUAUAAAAUACAGAUUAGAAAUACCACCUCUGGUUGGUCACAUGCCAAACAUAAACGUGAUCAAUAGUUGGUACAGUUCCUUCUGGGAUAUGUUUACCUGUGUGCAAACCACAUUUGUUUUGUUUUGUUUUUCGGUACCAGGGAUUGAACUCAGGACCUUGCACUUGCAAGGCAGGUGCAGUGCCACUGAGCUAAAUCCCUGGCCCUACAUUUGUUAGCUUAUUUCCCCAGAGUGACUUUGUGUUGUACAUGCUGCCUAACAGGCUACCUUCCCCAUGGACCACCUGGGCUUCCUUACUGCAGAUGCACACAGCCUCCUCAUUCCUUCAGCAGCCACUCAGCUUUCUUUAGUGUAGACAAUUUCACCUAACUGGCCCCAUAUACAGGUCACUUAGUUUGUGUUCAGCAGUUAGCUUUUACUGAUGGUGCUGCAAUAGCCAUCUUUGUAAUGAUAGUGUACACUCAGGAUUCCCACAGGAGGUCCUCCUGGCCUGGUCCACUAUGGGGGAGGGAGCACACUGGGGGUGCAUUAGGGAGGACCAAGUUUGUCGGGUGCAAACAGAAUGGAAAUGACCAGCCAAGAUGGCCUGGCUCCCUCCCCUUCCCCACUCCCCAGGAUAGUGGUGGUAGAGGGGAAUAUGCUGUCCUGCUGUUACCAGCUCCUAAGCUGGACACCCAGUGUUUCAUGUACACCUGAACUUCUGUAAAUGGUACUUUAUUAAACUCUCAUAUUCCCCA